AAAACACCAUUCAUAUGGGGCCAACAACUUCAAGUCAUGAAUUGGACCUAUAUAUAAAACAUCAUCGCCAAGACACUUUACAAAUGCUAUAACUAAACAUGUCUAGGUGGUCGGAGCUUCCACCAGAAUUGCUACUGACCAUAACCCAAAAACAAACAAACUACGUGGAUUACAUCUCCAUUAGAGCCGUAUGCAAAUCAUGGCGAUCAGCUAUACCUAAGAGACCUCAUGAUCUUCUUCGUCACCUUCCAUGGCUAUUGCUUCCUUAUCACAAGAACAGCCCAAACCACCGUGGUUUCCACAAUCUUUCAGAUGGCAAGACCUACUUUCUCGAAUUUCCCCAGGCCCACGAGAAACGGUGUUGUGGUUGUUCCCAUGGUUGGUUAGUCAUGGUCGAAGACACUCCAUCGAUUUUUCUCUUAAACCCUUUAACAAAAGCCAGAAUUGAGCUUCCAUCGUUAUCCACUUUCCCUAAUUUUCCCACUGAAGUCGUCUACCAGAAUUGUAGGAACUUGAAUGAGAAUUUUAACAGAAACGUCAAACUUCGCAUCAGAGAAAGUUACAUCAGAAAAGCCAUAAUAUCUGAAGAUCCUUCAAUGGUUACCAAUUUCACGGUCAUGGCUAUAUAUCAUACGGUGAAUGAUAAUGAAAAUUUAGCCUUCUGUAGAUCAGGAGACCACUCUUGGUCUACCAUUAACGAAACAUCUCCGGGACCCCAUUACAAAGAUAUAAUGUUUCAUGCAGGAAAAUUCUACGUAGUUGAUGACAAGGGAAGGGUUUCAAUCUGCAACACAGAUGAGCCUUCAUCAAUGAUCCACGUUGCCGAGUCGCCGCCUGUCCCACCAAAGAUGGGUUACAAGCAAUGGUACUUGGGGAGUUUAGACCAAGAUCUAUUGUUGCUUGGUCGUUUUAGGAACUAUGGAGUUCCUAACUAUGAGUAUCAGACUCGUAGAUUUGUGGUUUACAAGCUAGAUGCGAGCAAGUUAACGUGGUUAGAGUUGGAUGGUUUGGAUGAUAAGAUCUUCUUUUUGGGCUGGAAUUGCUUUCAUUCCAUUUCAGCUCUAGAUUACAAGAACUGCAAAGGGAAUUGUAUCUACUUCACUGAUGAUAAUUUUGGGGUUUGCAGUGAUUUUCCAUGGGAGGGUCAUGAUUUUGGCAUCUUCGAUUUUGAUGAUGGUGUUAUCAAGCGACUUGGGUUGCCUUCGUAUCCGAUCAAACUGCCUAGAUUUCCAAACAUUUACUUCUUUGAAAGAAGCCUACAGCGCGAUAUGUCGUUUUUCAUUUUGCCACCUCCCUUUUGGGUUACAAUCAGUCCUUGAAUUAAAUUGGAUGUUGAAAAUUUAUGGAAAAUACCUAAUUAGGUCCUGUGUUUAUGGAUUCAAGAUGCAACGAUGAGACCAUUUAAAAGUGAAUGAAAAUAAGACUUGGCUUUUAGAUUGAUUUCGUUUUCAUCACUUUCUCUUUUGACCAUAUGAUGGGAGUUUUUUUUAUUAGUGGGACUUUUUCAAUUUAUUAUGAUGAGCACAAUAUAUAUAACAAGGUUGACAAAAAGCUCACCUACUCUCUCAAAACUCUAGAUUAGCCCAUUUUCAAUUAAUACUAAUGUCCACUUAACAAUUUAGGCCAAGAAAAAGCUUGACAAGCUUUCCCUCACCGCUUUAGAACAUAAUCCUUUACUCCUUUGUUUCCCAAGCUGCUAAGCUAUUAAAUUUUCUUCCUAUAAAAUGAAUUAUUUUAAACGGAAUAGAAUGAUGCAUAUAUUCCAUCUUUUCAC